AUGACUGUCACUACGACAUAUACCGCCGCGCCGACACGGAAGUCGCAGGGCUUCCAUCCUCGACCAGAGUAUCACCUCAAGGCCCCGCAGGGAUGGAUGAACGACCCCUGCGCUCCAGCCUUUGAUCCAACGACAGGCACAUAUCACAUCUUCUAUCAAUGGAACCCUCGGUCUUGUGAAUGGGGCCACAUCUGCUGGGGUCAUGCCACUAGCCCUGACGGCCUACGUUGGAAGCACAGCACAGCCAACCCAACACUCCAACCCAGUGAGCCAUAUGAUAACAAGGGCAUCUGGACAGGUUGUCUAUGGCCAACUGGGCCUAAAGGCGAGAAGGACCAGCUCACGGUUAUCUACUCAUCCAUCACAUGCCUCGACAUUCACUGGACCCGUGAGCAUGUCCGUGGCUCCGAAGGCGUAUCGUUGGCGACGUCUACGGACAACGGAAAGACGUGGAGGAAGAGCGACCUAAACCCCAUCGUUAAGAAUGAGCCGGAAGGCCUCAGGGUGACAGGCUUCAGGGACCCGUUCCUUGCGACUUGGCCUGCUCUUGAUGAGAUUCAAGGCGAGAAGAGCCUCUAUGGGAUUCUUUCAGGCGGGAUUGCCGGCAAGACCCCAACCAUCUUCAUCUACGCCGUCUCCCCGACCGACCUUGCCGAGUGGAAAUACAUGGGACCCCUAGUUGAUCUUGCCCCUGGCUUCCGUGUCCCCGGGCCUUGGACAGGCGACUUUGGCGUCAACUGGGAGUGUGUUAACUACAUGACCUUGCGAGGCGACACUGAAGAGCGCGACUUUCUCCUUAUGGGGACGGAGGGAGGUCACAAGCGCAGCGAUAAGGAGAGAAAGCCUGAUGAGCUUUUCGCGUGGUGCCUCUGGCUCGCUGGCUCUCUCGAGCAGACUGCAGAAGGCCCGAGGUUAAGGCAUGACUUUGACGGGAUCCUGGAUCACGGAACCUUGUACGCGCCAAACUCGUAUGAGCAUCCCGUCACAAAGAAGAGGAUCGCGUUCGGAUGGAUCAAGGAGGAAGAGCUCACGCUGGCUCGGCGUGAGGCUAAGGGCUGGACGGGAUACCUGUCGCUUCCCAGGGAGCUCUUCUUGUACACCGCAACAAACGUGGCCAGGGGCUUAAAGUCGUCGUUGAAUGAGAUCCGCUCUAUCAAAGCGAUCCCCGACGCCUCGGGGGCCAACACCAUACAGACGCUCGGCAUCCGGCCGCUCGACGACCUGUACCUCCUCCGGCCCUCUCGACCAGACGAGUGGUCAGCCAUUGGCAGUUCUGAUACUUCAGGUAUCUUGAAACAUCACACUCGCUCGACGAGCUGGGAGCUGGAAGCCCUCAUCAACUUACACGCCCCGCACCCCCGGCUCGUAGGCUUCCACAUCUGUCACAACACUGAUACCUCGCUGCGGGCUAGCAUCUCCUUUGACACGCAAGAGGAGAGAAUUGUGGUGGACAGGAGCGCGUCGAACCACGAACCUGACAUUCGAAAAGAUACUCAAUCGGGGGCGUUCACACUCUUCUACACCCGCGAUGAGGGGCGCGAGACGCUGGAGCCGCUCAGGCUACGCAUCUUCCGAGAUGGAGAUACGCUGGAAAUCUUUGCGAAUGAUCGGUUCGCGCUGAGCACGACAGUCUGUGUAGAUGAGACGUGUGGGGGGCUCAGCUGGUUUGUCGAGGGCGGUGGCGGUGCGGAGAGCGUGUUUGAGACGAUUCGGCUAUGGGAUGGUCUCGAGUGA